AUUUUUAUUUUUUUUCUCUAUUUUAUUUACUUUUGAGUGUUGAUAUUGGACACGCCACCUUUCGUCGAACUAUUCGCUUGACAUUUUCCUGACUCGCACUCCGCUACAUACCGUAAUGUCUCUCUUUGGAAAUCAGACUCAGACCCAGCCGUCCGGCGGACUGUUUGGGUCUUCGACGACCGCGAAUAAGCCCAGCCCCUUUGGCGGCGCUGCCACUGGCGGAGGCCUUUUCGGUUCGAAUACUCCCGGAACCGGAACUCAGCAGAGUAGCGGCGGUCUCUUUGGACAGACACAGAACCAGGGCGCGACAGGAGGUGCUACUGGCGGUGGUGGUCUGUUCGGAUCAUCGACGGCGCCAUCGCAGCCUCAGCAGACCGGUGGUCUCUUCGGCAACACUACGACACAGAACCAGCCGCAGACGGGCGGACUUUUCGGGAAUACUGCCACCCAGCAGAAGCCCGCUGGUGGACUCUUUGGGGGAUUGGGCCAGUCGACACAGCAACAGCAGCCGCAGCAACAGUCGGGCGGUGGGUUGUUCGGGGGUGCGUUGGGUCAGCAGAAGCCCCAGGGCAGUCUGUUUGGAGGUACACUGGGACAGACGACACAGCAGCAACAAGCGCCGCAACAGGGCGGUGGUCUUUUCGGAGGAGGAUUGGGUCAGACACAACAGCAACCGCAGCAGCAGCAGAGUUUAUUUGGAGGCACCCUACUAGGAGGUCAACAGCCGCAGGGCCAGCCGCAGCAACAACAACAGCCUCAAUUGGGCCAGUCUGUGCAACAGCCGGGGUCGAGCCUUUGGUCGCCUGGUCGCGCCGUCACUGGAGUACACCGGACUGUUCCGACACAGAUCGCGAUCGUCAAGGAUAAGUGGGACACUGCCAGCCGCAAUUCUCCGUUUCGAGCAUACUUGUACAACCAUGUCGGUGAAGAGGCGGCACCUUUCUACCAACCCGGCCCGGAUGACGACGAAUCGAAAUGGGAGGAAGCUUUGCGCAAGCGGCCCGCACCUGGCUAUGUGCCUGUGAUUGUGAGGGGCUUCUUCGAGCUGGGCAAGAGAGCUCAGAGACAAAAGGAUUUCCUUACGAUGAUGCAAACCCGCCUCCACGAGAUCAACAACUGUCUCACUGAAUUGCUCUCUCGUCACGACCUUAAGAUCUCCGUCAGGAUAGCCGACUGCCGGCGGAAGCACCUUGUCCUGAGCAAGCGGUGUCUAGCGCUUGCGGCCAAGACCCAGGUCCUACGCAACCGGGGCUACGCGAUGGACGACGCCGAGGAGGAGCUGAAGAAGAAACUCGCCCUGCUGGAACGCUCCGUCUUCGACCCCUCCUUGAAUGGACGUGAAGAAGAGAUCUGGGCCCGAAUGCUGGCGAUCCGGGAACACUCGAAACGCCUGCAGCUGGAGAUGGAGAAGGCCGGUCCGGGUGCCGCUGCCCAGGCGGAUGACGAAUUGGAUGAACAGACUAUGAAGACUGCUAAGAAGAUUUUGGAUGACUAUCAUACCCAGAUCAAGCACCUGCAGAAGGAACUGGAGUCCGUGAGGAAAGACUUUGAUGAGGCGGAGAAGCUCCAAGGCCGGGUCGAUCACUAGCCUUGUGGUCGCUACGCUAUGAUUGAUCUUGACACUCGGGGGGAAUACAUGGCUUAGGUUGAAUGUCCGGGAGCAAGGAGUUAU